AUGGAGAAGUUGUCCCUGAAUGCAGCCAGCUCACCUAAACCAGGUUCAAACUCCUAUACUGGUUGGAAGGACGGUGUUCAGAUCAGAUCCCCAAACUUCCUCCAGCCUGAGGUUCCACAAGAUAAGGAAUACUCCUUUGUGAUGGGGGAUGCUGCGAGGAUGUCACAGAGCAUGUCUGGGGUUUUCAACGCACAGAAAAACACAUCAGAGAUAUCAGCAACACCCACGUUGCCACCAAGAACUAAGGUCGAAUGGCUGCUGAAUGCCUUUGGAACAGGAGCUAUGAAUCACCCCGCCCUCAGGGCUAGGAAGGAGGGUGAAAAACUUCACAGAACUAGCACUACCGCACUACCGAGGAGCCUGUCCUCUGAGUUAUCAUGCAUGAGAGACGCAACCCGCAUCAUGAUCGCCCUCAUAUCAGAGAGUGAUAAAAUGGGCUUUCUCUCUCCACGGACUCACAGCAUUCCGGGCAGGCGCACGGCGGGGCAGCGUCCAGCCCGCAGCCCCGAUCCGGACACCCCAGCUCAUCCCUCGCUUCCCGGUCCCUUCCCCUCCCCGGCCGCCCGAGAGAGGGACAAAGAGUUGCGGCCAAGUUUGAGCGUCGGGCACGGCCAGGCUCAGGGAAGGAAGGUCCCCCGGCAGACACCUGGGUGCCAGAGGUGGUGCGAGGAGGAAAAGCUGGGAGGCGAAUUCAUAAUUCUAGGAGUGGAGGGCAGGCAAGGGAGGGGAAUCAGGCCAAUCCCAGCCAAGCGAGCCCCUGGCGAGCUGGGGCUCCGAUGGAAGGCCUGUCUCGCGCUCCAAAGAAAAGCAAACCGUCCUUCCAAGUCCGCCCGGGUUGCCGAAGCCCCUCUGGAAAAACUCCCUCCCCUCUUACACCAAACUUUGCGCCGGGCCUCGUUCCCUCCCGGCCACGCCGCCGGCGGCCUGCACUUCGACGACCGCUUCUCCGACGAGCAGCUGGUGACCAUGUCGGUGCGCGAGCUGAACCGGCAGCUGCGCGGGGUCAGCAAGGAGGAGGUGAUCCGGCUGAAGCAGAAGAGGCGGACCCUGAAAAACCGCGGCUAUGCCCAGUCCUGCCGCUUCAAGAGGGUGCAGCAGAGACACGUCCUGGAGUCGGAGAAGAACCAGCUGCUGCAGCAAGUCGACCAUCUCAAGCAGGAGAUCUCCAGGCUGGUGCGCGAGAGGGACGCGUACAAGGAGAAAUACGAGAAGUUGGUGAGCAGCGGCUUCCGAGAAAACGGCUCGAGCAGCGACAACCCGUCCUCUCCCGAGUUUUUCAUAACUGAGCCCACUCGCAAGUUGGAGCCAUCAGUGGGAUACGCCACAUUUUGGAAGCCCCAGCAUCGUGUACUUACCAGUGUGUUCACAAAAUGAAAUUUGUGUGAGAGCUGUACAUUAAAAAAAAAAAAAAAAUCAUAUUAUUUGCAGUCAUGGAGAACCACCUACCCCUGACUUCUGUUUAGUCUCCUUUUUAAAUAAAAAUUACUGUGUUAGAGAAGAAGGCUAUUAAA